UCUUGCGUUCCCCAGAGCAUCACUGCGAUCGCCUUUAUCAACGCCAGACGUCAACAAUACUUAUUGCUUGGCGUUCUGACAUUGCAUUGAAGCUAGGCUCAAGCUUUUCCUGUAUUAAAUUUCUUUACUCAUUGUUUUCACCGCGACUGUUCAUGUCUCGUGCGUGCCUUACCCAACAUCAACAGCCUGGACACACUGCCAAACGGCGCCGCCGUUGAAAUCAAUCACAGCAGCAACAUCGACACACGAGAGUCUAAUAAUUUGGAAACAAGCUGGGCGAUCUCAAGCGAACUUGCUGUCGCCGUUCUGGUUGUGAACAAAACGUCGCGCAUCGGUGAAUACACGUCAUUUGCGCAUUCAGACUCGGCCCAAGUACGCGAUCCUCUGCUCUAGAGCCGAAGAAAGCCUCCGGACAACAAACCGUCCCUAAUAAUCGUAGCAAUCUCCACCCGGUAACGCAACCCAAGAAGCUGUCGCAGUUGCUCCCACCUUUCCAAUACUAUGGCGUCGCAUCGGCCGUCGCCCCCAAUGCCGGUGCACAUGCAUCACGGGCCCGGCGCACCUCUACCACCGGGCGCUAUGCCUCCUGGACCUCAAUAUUCCUCGGCCGCCCGGCGCAUGGCCGAGGCUACUGAAGUAACAUGGAUUCAGAUUGGCAGCUGCAGUGAAAUCCUUGGCAACCUCGAAGACGCCAUGCAGGCCUACGAGCGCGCCAUUACCAUUAAUCCACAGUCCAUUCCCGCCAUGAACGCGAUGAGCGCCAUUCUACGAACCAAAGAGGAGUUCCCCAAAGCCUGCGAGUACUUGAACGCGAUCAUUAAGCUUGACCCGACCAACGGCGAGGCUUGGAGCGCGAUGGGUCAUUGCUACCUGAUGAUGGACGAGCUUCAGCAAGCAUACUCGGCCUACCAGAACGCGCUGGUUAAUCUUCAGACACCCAAGGAUCCUAAACUAUGGUACGGCAUUGGUAUCUUAUACGACCGGUACGGCUCUCUGGAGCACGCCGAGGAGGCCUUCUCAUCUGUCAUGCAGAUGCAGCCUGAUUUCGAAAAGGCCAACGAGAUCUAUUUCCGCCUUGGCAUAAUUUACAAACAGCAAUCCAAAUUCAACCAGAGUCUUGAGUGCUUCAAAUAUAUUGUCCACUCGCCACCGCAUCCUCUCACAGAAACCGAUAUCUGGUUCCAGAUUGGACACGUUCAUGAACAACAAAAAGAUCUCGAUAACGCGAAAGCUGCAUACCAACGCGUGCUCGAUGGUGAUCCGAAGCACGCCAAGGUGCUGCAGCAGUUGGGAUGGCUUCACCAUCAGCAAAGCAGCAGCUUCCAGAGCCAGGAGAGAGCUAUUGAGUACCUGGAGCAAUCUGUUGCAGCUGAUAACAGCGAUGCGCAGAGCUGGUACCUCCUCGGCAGAUGUUACAUGUCGCAGCAGAAGUAUCCCAAGGCAUAUGAAGCCUACCAACAAGCUGUUUACCGUGAUGGACGCAACCCUACAUUCUGGUGCUCGAUUGGUGUCCUCUACUACCAAAUUAACCAGUACCGUGAUGCAUUGGACGCUUACUCUCGUGCUAUCCGCUUGAAUCCUUACCUCUCAGAGGUUUGGUAUGAUCUCGGCACACUGUAUGAGUCCUGCAACAACCAAAUUAACGACGCACUCGACGCCUACCAAAGGGCAGCCGAGCUGGACCCUAGCAACCCGCACAUCAAAGCCCGCCUCAACCUGUUGCGUACCGGUCAAAGCAACGGAUCGGGUCCUCCAAGCGCUCCUGUCCCGACCGACAUUCAUCCUCAAUCUUACCAGGCUUCUGGUCCACCUGGACCUCAGUGGAACGGCGUGCAAGGUCCACAGCCACCUCAGCAGCCAAACGGACCUCCUCCCCUGACAGGUCCUGACAACUGGCCAAGGCUUUCGGCUGUGAACCCACCGCCGCAACCCCCGAAUCCAUAUGAGCAGCAGCGAGAGCCCUUUCGAGGGCCCCCUCCCCCUCCUCCGCGCCAGCCCAGCCCUAGGCAAGAGCAGGGUCCUCCGCCCAUGAGGCACUAUGGCCAAGAAGGGGCAAGGCCUGGGCCACCGCCAGGACCUGGACCUGAGCCGCCUCGUCGUGGACCGUCUCCUAUUGCUCAGGGUCACUACCCACCGCCGCCGCCGCCUCCAGGUCAACAGCCGCCACCGCCGCAGUCCAUGCAACAGGCUCAACAGCAAGCCCAGCAGCAGCAGCAGCAGCAUCACCACCAGGCCCAGCAGCAACAGGCUCAGCAGGCGCAACAGCAACCUCAACAGCCUCGGCAGUCAAUUCCUAUGGACAUGGUGCGCAAUUCGAGGGCCCGUCAGUUCCCCGACGAGGCCAUGGACGCACCGCCUCCCCCCAACGCUAUGCUUGGUUAUCGUCGCCCGAACAGCCCAAGGAGUGAGCAGCAGCGUCCCGCGCAUGAUAACCGGAUGCCGUCGCCCAAGUCGGCGUACCCGCAGCAUCAGCAACCGUAUCCUCCACACCCUAAUGAUACCCCGGGCCCGAGCAACGUUGACGGUCCAUCCCGACCCCCACCACCUCCGCCCCCCGGUGGAUCGAACCCUGAGCCUCCUAUGCACCGGGAGCAUGAUCGCCCGCCUUCAGUCGGGCCCAAGCGGAUGCGAGAGUGGGAGGACGAGCCGACAUCUGCCAAAAAGCCUGCUUCUGACGAGAAUCGGGCUAGGCUCGAGGACUUGCGUCACCGACGCCAAUCCACCCCCCCUCGCGAAAGGGAACAAUACCGUCGUAACUCUUCCGAGGCUCGUCGCUUCGAAGACCAGCGACGAAUGGAUGAUCAGAGGCGUGUUGAUGAGCACAGGAGGGAUGACAUGCGCCGUGCAGAAGAGCAGCGCCACGCCAAUGAUAACUAUCACCCAUCUGAGGCUGCUCAUCACCCACCUGCACACGCUAUGCAGCAAAGUCAUCUCCCGCCCAUGCAGCAGGGCCCUGUCCCGCCUAUGCAGAACAUGAUGCGUGAUGGUCCCGGCCCUUCACCCGCGGGCUCGGCUCCUAAAGAAUUCAAUCAAGAAGAGAGGCAUCACGAAAGGCAGCCCCAACACCCUGCCGCUUCUCAUGCGCCCGCAGCAGGCGAACCUGAGCGCGCAGCCAGGAAGAUGGAUGUGGACGAGGACUAUGAUGACAGUGGCGAAGACGAGAAGAAGAAUGGAAUUGCCACCAGUGCAGCAUCUGGACCAGGUUCUUCCUCUGGAGAGAGCAAGCCCGCCACCAACGGUGCAAUGAAUGGACUCAUGGGUCCCAAGGUUGAGAGCUCUUAAAAGAGCUUUUUUUUUUUUAUUCCCAUUGUUUCUGGUUUCUUUCUAAAAACUUGAGGAUGUGCUCCUAUUUCAUUACAUUGUUUCUUAUAUUUUAUUGUCGGUUGGUGCCGUCGAAUGAUCAGUGUUUUUACUGGGGGUGGCAUAUACCAAGACGACACUACCCAAGUAGGUAUUCCCUACUUUCAAGAUCUUUUCAUUUGCUCUUGUUACUUUACUGUCCGUACCUGAUUCUGUGAUCAUGCGUGAGCGAGCUGCCUCGGCAGAUAAACAAUUGGAGACACUGGAGACAAGAUUCUACUUCUAGAUAGAGUUCAAAGGAAGGUGAAUUGAUGGCAACAUAUAUUUUUCCUGCAG